GCCAGCACCACAGGUCCUGUGGCUUUUGAGCAUCUGCUGGAAGUGGCGGAACGCGCAGCCAAAGCAGGCGCUGCAGUUGUGAGCGAGAGAGUGGACAAACCGCGCAACAUUGAGUUCAAAGGUGCCACGGACCUUGUGACGGACACAGACAAAGCCAGCGAAGACGCUGUUCUCUCGGUGCUGAGAACAGCAUUCCCAGACCAUGCUCUUUUAGGAGAAGAGGGGGGUAUCUCAGGCGACACCGGAUCAGAAUAUCUCUGGUGUGUGGAUCCCUUGGACGGGACCACCAACUUUGCACAUGGCUACCCGUCCUUUGCAGUGUCCGUUGCAGUGCUGCAGAAGGGAGACCCAGUGGCUGGAGUUGUGGUGGAGUUUGCGGGGGGUCCUGGCUCUUGGGUGACCAAGACAUACACUGCGGCCAAAGGCAAGGGAGCCUUUCUGAAUGGCUCACCCAUCUCCGUCAGCCGCUGCAAGGAUGUCAAUCUCUCCCUACUGGUUACUGGCUUUGGAUACGAGCAUGAUGAGGCGUGGGCGGCAAACAUAGAGCUGUUCAAAGAGUUCACAGAUGAGUCACGUGGGGUGCGCCGAUUGGGGGCAGCAGCCGUGGAUCUGUGCCAUGUUGCUCUGGGGAUUGUGGAUGGUUACUGGGAAUUCAGGCUGAAGCCCUGGGACAUGGCGGCCGGGGUGCUCAUCGCCAGAGAGGCUGGCGCCAAAAUCACAACUAUGGAUGGACAGCCGUUCACCGUGUUUUCGAGGUCGGUGCUUGCUGCAAACGAUGGGAUCCACCCUGCGAUACUGGAGAAGACCCAGGUCAAGACAGAGGGCCUGAUGAAGAGCGGCAUCGAUAUGUCGCCCUGGUUCCUUCCUGACGGGUAUCAGGUGUCUGACAUUUCGUUGUGA